CAAGCAAAAUGGAUGACUUGUCAAACUCUUUUCUUCCUGCAAUUUUCAUACUCUUCCUCAUCUGUUUCCUCUCUCUAGGUUUGUUUCUUAAGAAAACUAGUCAAGCCAUUGAUUACCGGCUUUUCCUUGGAUCCUUUCCAUCUCUGGCAAGAAACUCCAACCGUUUACCUGAAUGGUUUACUGAGGUACAAAGAAGAAUGGCUCAUGCAGCGCUUAUCUCUGUCGAGUUCAAAGAUUUACUUUCUAACAUGAGCCACAGGGUUGUAGAAGAUCAAUUAGUUCCAUUACUAGUUCAUGCAGCUAAAACGGGAACAACCAUUGAUUUGCAGGAGGUGUGUUCGAGAUUUGCUUUCGAUGUUAACAUGAAUACCAUAUUUGGAAUCCAUGCAAAUUACCUCUCUAUUGAACUUCCUUCAAAUGAUCUGGCUGAAGCUAUUGGAACCGUACAAGAAGCCGGCCUUUAUAGACAUAUUAUGCCAAUGUUUUUGUGGAAGUUAAUGCGCUUGUUCGGAGUUGGUAGGGAGGGAGAGUUGAUUAAAGCUCUUAAAACAAUUAACACACACUUCUUUGAAUAUAUUUCCGAAAAACAAACAAACAUGAUUAAUGAGGUAAAAACUUUUGAUCUCUUGUCGGCAUACGUAAAUAGUAUUCAAAAGCAUAAGAGAACUACUACUGAUCCUUCGCCGCACAAAAAUGACGAAAAAUUUCUUAGAGAUUCCAUGUUUAGUCUGUUCGUAGCUGGAAAAGAUACCAUAGGGUCUGGUCUCAUUUGGUUCUUUUGGUUGGUUUCCAAAACACCUUCGGUCGAGAAAAAGAUCUUAGAAGAAUUGAAAGGGUUAGUGUCAUGCUUAAAAAAGGGAAAAGUAAUCGAGUGGCCAUGGGUGUUUGAUGCAGAUGAUAUAAAUGGGUUGGUUUAUUUGCAUGCGGCAUUAUGUGAGUCGCUGAGAUUAUACCCACCGGUACCUAUUAAUAGCAAAACCGUGCUGAACGAAGUUGUGCUGCCAGAUGGGAGUCUAAUACAACCAGGGAUGCAGAUAUUAAUUCCAUUCUAUUCUGUUGGAAGAAUGCCAUGGAUAUGGGGUGAAGAUUGCCUGGAAUUUAGGCCGGAAAGAUGGAUAGAUGAUGAUGGGAAGCUUAACCGUCACGAGUCUAAGUUCUUUACAUUCAAUCUAGGACCAAGGACUUGUUUAGGUAAGGACAUGUCAUUUAGUCAGAUGAAAGCUGUUGUUGCAGCCGUUCUGUUCAACUUUCAAGUUCAAGUGUUGGAAGGUCAGCAAGUUCGCCCUAAACCAGCUAUUACUCUUCACAUGGAGAAAGGAUUGGAAGUCAAAAUACAAAAGAGAGCAGUCACUUAGAUAUACUAAAAUUGAAGCAUGUUAUGUUUUCUCUUCAAAAUAUGAUGCAUGUUUAACUAUCA